AUGUGGCUCCUCUUGCUUCUGCUGAGUGGGCUGAGUAGACUUGGAGGGCUUAGCGAGCCCCAAACAGAAGGCACUCGUGAGAAAUUACACGUGCAAGUCACGGUGCCAGAGAAAAUCCGGUCCGUCACAAGUGAAGGCUACGAAACACAGGUGACCUACAGUCUCAAAAUCGAAGGGAAAACAUACAUCCUGAACCUAAUGCAAAAAGCGUUCUUGCCUCCCAACUUUAGAGUCUACAGCUAUGACAGCACAGGGAUCAUGAGGCCUCUUGAGCAGAAGUUUCAGAAUAUCUGCUACUUCCAAGGAUACAUUGAAGGUUAUCCAAAUUCUAUGGUGAUUGUUAGCACAUGUACUGGACUCAGGGGCGUACUUCAGUUUGGAAACGUUAGCUACGGAAUUGAACCCCUGGAAUCUUCCAGUGGUUUUGAACAUGUAAUCUACCAAGUGGAACCUAAGAAAGGAGACACAUUACUCUAUGCCGAGAAGGAUAUGGAUUUAAGAGACCCGCAGUAUAAGAUACGAAGUAUCAAGCCUCAGCGAAUCGUCUCGCACUAUCUGGAAAUACACAUUGUAGUUGAAAAGCAGAUGUUUGAGCAUAUUGGGGCUGAUACAGCUGUUGUCACUCAAAAGAUUUUCCAGUUGAUUGGACUGACAAAUGCUAUCUUUGCCCCCUUUAAUCUUACAGUAAUUCUGUCUUCCCUGGAAUUUUGGAUGGACGAAAACAAAAUCUCGACCACGGGUGAUGCUAACAAGUUGCUGUACAGGUUCCUGAAGUGGAAACAGUCGUACCUCGUUCUGCGACCACAUGACAUGGCGUUUUUACUCGUCUACAGGGACACCACUGAUUAUGUUGGCGCCACCUAUCAAGGGAAGAUGUGUGACAAGAACUAUGCAGGAGGCGUUGCUCUGCACCCCAAAGCCGUAACUCUGGAAUCACUUGCAAUUAUUUUAGUUCAGCUGCUGAGCCUCAGCAUGGGGGUCGCAUAUGACGAUGUGAACACGUGCCAGUGCGGAGUACCCAUCUGCGUGAUGAACCCCGAAGCACUUCAUUCCAGCGGUGUGAGGUCCUUCAGUAACUGCAGCAUGGAGGACUUCUCUAAGUUUAUCGCAAGUCAAAGCUCCCACUGUCUUCAGAACCAGCCACACCUACAGCCGUCGUACAAGAUGGCAGUCUGUGGGAAUGGAGAGUUGGAAGAAGGAGAAGUUUGCGACUGUGGACAGGAGGGCUGUGAGGAUAAGCCUCCUCCAUGCUGCAAUCCCACCACCUGUCAGCUGUCAGAGGGCUCCACUUGCUCCACCGGAAGUUGCUGCGACGCUUCGUGCAAUCUGAAGGCAAAGGGGGAACUUUGCAGGCCUGCCAAUCAGGAAUGUGACGUCACAGAGUACUGCAACGGCACUUCCGAAGUGUGUGAAGAAGACUUCUUUGUUCAAGACGGUCACCCAUGUGCAGAACGGAAGUGGAUCUGUAUUAAUGGCACCUGUCAGAGUGGAGCACAGCAGUGCCGGGAUCUGUUUGGCACUGAUGCAGACUAUGGUACAAAAGAAUGUUACGCGGAGCUGAAUUCCAAAAGUGACAUAUCUGGGAGCUGUGGUAUCACUCCUACGGGGUACAAGAACUGCGCACCUAAUGACCGGAUGUGUGGAAAACUAAUAUGUAUAUACCAAAGUGAAGACAUACUUAAAAUGAGGUCUGCCAUUGUUAUCUAUGCCAAUAUAAGCGGGCAAAUCUGCAUCUCCCUGGAAUACCCCCCAGGUCACAAAGAGAGCAAGAAGAUGUGGGUGAGAGAUGGAACUGUCUGCGGGUCAGGGAAGGUUUGCUUGAAUCAGGAGUGUGUAGAAGAUACUUUCUUGAACUAUGAUUGCACCCCAGAAAAAUGCAACCACCAUGGGGUAUGUAAUAACAAGAAGCAUUGCCACUGUGAGCCCACAUACUUACCUCCGGAUUGUAAAAAUACGGAGGAUACAUGGCCUGGUGGGAGCAUUGAUAGUGGCAACCAGCAACGGGCUGAAUCCAUCCCUGCACGGUCCUAUGUUGCAAGUGCCUACCGCUCCAAGUCUGCACGGUGGCCAUUUUUCCUGAUCAUCCCUUUCUACGUGGUGAUCCUUGUCCUGAUCGGCAUGCUGGUAAAAGUCUAUUCCCAAAGGAAAAAAUGGAGAAUGGAUGACUUCUCAAGUGAAGAACAAUUUGAAAGUGAAAGUGAGUCCAAAGACUAGUGUGGACAGCAAAGAUUCCAGUGUCAUGUAAUUCUCUUCAGUGGACAGAAAAAAAAGUGGAAAAGAAAAACCUAUGCAUCAUCUGUUUGCCUGAAAGUCAAGCCUGCAUAUUGUGGUUUCCAUCUGGCCAGAAAUCAUAUCUCUCCAUACACAUGUGUGAUACAUAUAUGUGUAUAUAAUUCCAUAAAUGAUUUACUUGUAAG